AUCCGUGGUAUUCUUGUAGGAUUUCCUGUGGAGCCGUAGAAAUUCCUUCUGGACGUGGUUCACUGAAAAGGCGACGUUGUCUCGACAGGUGUUGGAUGUGUUUUUAGUUCCUUAGAAGUAUGUAUCGUACCUUGGGCAUCAGUCAGCUUUCCUUCGAGGAAGCGCUUCUGCUUCGCAGAGAAUUUAUUCCGGAAAGCUCUUGUCUACAUUUCGCGAAAAGCCCGGUUUGCAUAGAGCGAGGGAAGGGUCAGUAUUUGUUCGAUGACAAGAAUUGUCGCUAUCUGGACUGCUUCUCUUCGUACUCUCCAGUGGGACACAGUCACCCUGAAGUUGUCGAAGUCGGUCGUAGAGUUUUGAGUUCGUUCCUCUCUCGGAAUCCGGCGCAGUUCCGUAGGGAUGAGGUCGUCCCACGGAAGCGAUCUAAGAGAACGAGUUACGGGGAUUUUGAUACCCCGAAUGAAAUAUCUGCAUUGACAGAAAGGCUUUAUGACGAGCUACGGAAGAGGCUUCCUCCGCAUUAUGAUACCAUCUACUUCGCGAAGUCUGGUGCGGAAGCGAACGAUAUCGCCGUGUUCCUGGCUAGAGCAUACACUAAAGGAGAGGAAACACUGGUCGUCGAUGAAUCUCAUCACGGGGAUCUCUCUACCAUCGCUGCACUGUCCGCGCGGAUGUUCCACCGACAUAAACUAAUUCCAGAGAAGUGGGUGCAUGUGUUGCCAGUUCCUGUCAAGGACUCCCCGGACAUGCUGGCAGAGGCCAAGAAGAAGAUAGCCGAUCUUAAAAGUCAGAACAGAAAACUUUGCUGCUUGCUGUGUGAACCCAUCUUCGGUCUCGCCGGAGGUUUCAUUCCCACCAGCUCGUGUAUGCAUUCUGUGGUGGAGCUGGUGAGAGAGAAUGGAGGGCUUUGGAUCGCAGACGAGAUCUUGACUGGUCUUGGUCGUCUUGGUACACAUUUCUGGGGCUUCGAAUUGCUGAACUCGGCGAGUGACCGGAAAUGUUAUCCCGAUAUUCUCACUGUUGGGAAGCCGCUCGGAAAUGGGUUUCCAAUAUCUCUGGUAAUCACGUCGUCAAAAAUAGCCAGCGCAGCUGGCGAUGCUCUUAAUCAACUGAAGAAACCACCUUUGGAAAGCGCAAUCGGAGCCGUUGUGUUGGGCAUAAUCGAUCGAGAUAAGAUGAUGGAGUCAGUUGCUAAGGUAGGUGCUGGUCUGAAAGCCAAACUGAUCAGUCGCACCAGGAAGCAUCAUAUUCUGGGAGACGUUCGAGGACAAGGAUUGUUAGUGAGCGUCGAUGUAGUCACUGACAAAGAAUCCCGAAUGUGCAAUAAAGUUGAUGCUCUGCACUUGUGGUACCUGCUGAAAGAGAGAGGAGUGCUUUGUUGCCUCGAGGGACCAGAGAGAAGUUCGUUGAUGCUCCAGCCCCCGUUGUGCUUCACUGCGGAAGACGGUGAGGAAUUCGUGGACGCCCUUUGUGGAUCAGUUGAGGCUAUGAGGAUGGCAUACGCGCCCAAGACGGAUCUUCGUUUCAGUCAAUUUGGUGAUGGCGGUUCCUCGUGUGGCACUUCUUGUAGUUUCGAAGAUCGACCUCUACCCCUGAAAUCGCGGGUCAUUGAAGACUUCGAAGAGUUGGACUGAAAGGAAGGCAGCGGCCUGGAUUGGAUGUUCCGAAAGAUGGUUGUGGGUUCGAAUUUUUGACUGUGUUUCCCCUCGGAAUUUUGGUUGUUUUACCUGGACGUAUCCUUUUUGUGAUGAGCGAGAGCUUGGACUGAAAUGCAAGGUGUUUUUUUGGAAGCCGGCA